AGCCACGCCGGGGUCUUCAGCGCUGGCGAUAUUCUCCAAUUGAACUUCGCCGUCGUUUCUUGUGACCUUCAUCUCAUUUUCUUGGUCUGCUUGUUAGUUCUUGUUCGUCUUUUUUUUUUCCCGUUCGUUCGUUCGUUCGUUCGUUUAUCACGGCAUCGCAUUUCCCGUUCCUUUUCCCUCUUACGAAGUAGUAUCCGACCGGUCGGCUCUUGGUAGCUUUCUCUUGGAUUUUCCUGUAUUUUUUUUUUCUUUAUUAAUAACGAUUUCCCGGGUCCGCCGACUGGUUUCGCGCUCGUUGUUUAUUUAUUUAUUAUUAUUAUUCGGUGCUGCCGUUCUUUUUGCCUUAUUCGGAUAACUACCCUCGAAGGAUUCACUCCUUUGCUCAUUCGUCUGGUCUACUUCAUAUAAGCGCAACAGAUACAGGCGCAGGCUGGCUGAUUGACAGGCAAAACUGCUGAGCCAACGACCAGUCGGAUUUUGACAAGUUCAAAAGGCGAAGUUUAGAAAACAAAACAAAAACUCCGCCCAGGUCUCUUUCGUGCUUUUUUGAAGCUGUGGUCAUUUCAUGCUGAAAACUCGCGUGUAAUAUCUGAUUGUGCUAGAGAUGGCAGCCCGGCUCUUCCUCCUCCUUGACUUAAUUAUAGGAGCUUAUUGCCAAGCCUCUACUAUCGAGCGCCGCAGUAGCCGUUAUGUCAAGCUACCUGUUGUACAUUCUACGAAUAAAAAUGUAUUCGCUGAUUUUGGGGAUAAGCGGGCUAUAACUACUGUACCCCUAGCCAACAGAUCAGAUGUAGCAUACUACGCCUCAUUGGACAUCGGCACGCCGCCGCAGCAGGUCUAUGUCCAACUAGAUACCGGCUCGUUUGAGCUUUGGGUAAAUCCCGAUUGUUCCGACCUCUCGGGCUCUGCGGAUGUCAGGUUUUGCCAGGCAAUAGGUCACUAUGACUCGUCGAAUUCGUCUACCGCAACCCAGCUAGCUGGCACGAAGACGUUACGGUAUGGCAUCGGUGCUGCUAAGAUCCAAUACUUCUCAGAUGAUAUUGGCCUCACAGGCACGGACGCGAAACUAAAAGGGAUCCAGUUCGGAGUUGCCACGGAGACUGAUGAUGAGUUUGCUGGUAUUCUGGGAAUAGGUCACGGAAUAAACGUCACCACGAGUUACAAGAAUUUCGUAGACGAGUUAGCGGACCAAGGGGUAACAGAUACCAAGGCGUUCAGCCUGGCCCUCGGCGGCAAGGAGGAGCAAGAAGGAGUCAUCAUCUUCGGCGGGCUAGACACCGGCAAGUUUACGGGUACUCUGCAGACCUUGCCUAUCAUCCCCGCGGAAGAAUCCCCGGACCAAGUGCCGAGAUACUGGAUCAACAUGACCUCCCUAAGCCUAACCCCCCCGAGCGGCGCGAAGAAGGAAUACGUGAACAACACCAUGGCUGUUUUCCUAGACAGUGGCGCCACCCUCACUCUCCUACCGACGGAGCUGGCGAACAGCAUCGCGGCGGACUUCGGCGCCGAGGCUACGGAUGCCAACGGUCUCUAUCCCGUCGACUGCUCUCUCAACGACCUACCGGGCACUCUAAACUUCGCUUUCGACGGUGUUACGAUAAAGGUACCCUAUAACGAGGUCGUCAGAGAGAUCCAAAACUCCUUCUUCACGCAGUGUUACUUGGGUAUCAUGGCGAGCGACGACUUCGUUCUCCUCGGCGACACGAUGCUCCGCUCUGCUUACGCCGUUUUCGAUCAGACAAAUAACGCCAUUCACCUAGCUCAAUACGUGAACUGCGGUACGAACGAGAUAGAGAUCACGAAGGAGACGGACAUGUCCACUGUUAAAGGUGACUGCGACUUGCCAGCUUCCAAAACCUCUUCUUCUUCUUCUUCCUCAUCUUCCUCCUCCUCGUCAUCGCCAUCCGCUUCUUCCUCGGCCCCGUCGAAAACGAGCGGCAGCACGCUACCGUCCGGACUUGAUUCUCCCAGCGCAAGCACGACAGCCCAGGUGGGCGAUUCAGCAACAACACCAGAUUCGUCAAGUUCCCGCAGUCGAGUUGAAUGGUGUUUGGCGUUGGUUGCGGUUGGGUUCUGGGCGGCCAUGGCCCUAUGAGAUUCGUCGUCGAGUAACGACGGCAUUGCUUUCGAAAAUUUCAGCAUUUGAGCGUAUUUGAGCGGAACAUAGAGCGUCUAGAAUAUACUUUAAUCUGAGUAUAUAGUAUAUACCAGCAAUCAGACUUGGGUACUUACGUGAUUUAUUCUUCGCGUUACUAGUUGAUCUUCACCGUCUAUAGAAUGCUGUGAACCCCCGGAUACAUCUGUGUUUGUAGUAGUUAAUGUAUAUUAAAUUUAGCAGUAUUGUCCCAUA